CGGGCGGAGGCGGCGGCAGCGGCUCUCUCGGAGGCGGCGGUGGCUUCACUUUCCAGGACUCCGGGGGCGACCACCGCGGCAGCGCGGGGCGGGCGGGCAGCGGCCUCGGGAGCCGGAGGAGCUGAGCUGGGACGGCUGGCGGCGGCGGCGGCAGCGCGGAGGGAUCUAAAAUGUCCACUGAGGCCCAAAGAGUUGAUGACAGUCCCAGCACUAGUGGAGGAAGUUCUGAUGGAGACCAACGUGAAAGUGUUCAGCAGGAACCAGAAAGAGAACAAGUUCAGCCCAAGAAAAAGGAGGGGAAACUAUCCAGCAAAACAGCUGCUAAAUUGUCAACUAGUGCUAAAAGAAUUCAGAAGGAACUUGCAGAAAUUACGUUGGAUCCUCCUCCCAACUGUAGUGCUGGACCCAAAGGAGACAACAUUUAUGAAUGGAGGUCAACGAUAUUGGGACCCCCAGGAUCUGUCUAUGAAGGAGGGGUGUUCUUUCUUGACAUCACCUUUUCACCAGACUAUCCGUUUAAACCCCCUAAGGUUACCUUCCGAACAAGAAUCUAUCACUGUAAUAUUAACAGCCAAGGCGUGAUCUGUCUGGACAUCCUAAAGGACAACUGGAGUCCGGCCCUCACCAUUUCUAAGGUUCUCCUCUCCAUCUGCUCGCUUCUUACAGAUUGCAACCCUGUUGUGUUCUCACCAGCCACCGUUUGAUGGCUGCCCGUGAAAAUAAAGUUUCUAUGGUGUGAAGAAACUUAGACCAAGAUCCUAGUAAAUCUUGGUUAGUACCAAGGUGUGGAAGGUACCAUGUGGUGUGUAGUACUUGAACUGAAGCAGAUCCUUUGGCGUCACCCUGGAGGUCCUUGUCACUCUCGGGGUCAUGGCUGAAUUUGAGGAGGAAAAAGAAAUGUCCUACAAGUUGUUCCUGGAGAAGCCAGAAAACAUUGCCCUUUAAGAACUCACCACCCAACAGCAAUUUGAAAGUACUU